UCAGAAGAACGCCAGCGUACGCACGAGCGAGAGAGGGCAAGAGCAAAGUAGUCGGAAGUGUGGAAAUGCGCAUGCGCCUGCCUGCGAAACUUGAUGGCAGGCCAGGCAGGGGAGGGAAGGCACAGGCAGGCGGAAGAGAUCGGUUUGUAAGAUGGCGGAGGAGGCGGAAGGGCCUUUAAAGCGGCUUCUGGUGCUUUUUCUUCUGCCCGAGAAAUGCUACGAUCGGCUUUUUAUUGACUUGGAUUUGCUCGAUGUUCGGUGCCUCAAGAUACUAAUUAGCAAAGGCCUGGGGCUUGGCAUUGUUGCUGGAUCAUUGCUGGUGAAACUACCUCAAGUGUUUAAAAUUCUGGGGGUGAAGAGUGCAGAAGGCCUGAGCCUCCAGGCGUUUCUUCUAGAACUGGUGGCCUUGACUGGGACCAUCAUCUACAGUGUGGCAAACAGCUUCCCAUUCAGCUCUUGGGGUGAGGCCUUGUUCUUAAUGCUACAGACCAUUACCAUCUGCUUCCUGAUCCUACACUACAGAGGACAUACCAUGAGAGGUGUGGCCUUACUAGGCAUCUAUGUCCUGAUCCUGCUGGUAUUGCUCUCACCCCUGAUGCCCAAGACUGUGGUCACCCUGCUUCAGGCCACCAACAUGCCUGCUGUGAUCAUGGGGAGGUUACUUCAGGUGAUCACCAACUACAGAAACGGUCACACAGGGCAUCUGUCAGCAGUCACUGUUUUCUUACUCUUUGCUGGCUCCCUUGCCCGAAUCUUCACCUCCAUCCAGGAAACAGGUGACCCCCUCAUGGCAGUGACUUUUAUCGUCUCCUCCAUCUGCAAUGGUCUCAUUGCCUUCCAGCUCCUCUAUUACUGGAAUGUCAGGAUUCCUCACAAAUUGGAAAAGAAACAUCAGUAGUGUCUUUGAUGCUGCUCCCCUUUUCCCAGCCAGAACAGUAUCUCAAAGGCCCCAGUUUGGUCUUCAUUCCUUUUCCUUUGGUCUUCUUGACCUGGGUUCUACCUACCCCCAAAAUUGAAAUCCUUUUUUUGGAGCUGUGCUCCCCCUACUCCUUUAGUUGCCCCCUUCCCCCAACUUCCCUGUGCUCCCCUCACUCCCCCAUGGCUUGUUCUCUAGUGUGUUGGGGAGCUUCCAAGAGAAGGGAGGGAUUGUGACCAGGGGAUUGGGAGGAAGGUAACAAAUGAAGACAUUAAUGGUGGCUUUGGACCAUGAGGAUGUCAGCUGUGGCUAAUUAACUAGCUUUGUACCUACAUACAUUCAUCACCAGGAUAGGAUCGCUGGUUUCUUGGCAGAGCA